CAAUAUUUGACAUUUCAUGCUAUAACAACUGAAUUAGCAAAUGUUUCUAUUUAUUUCCUAUAAUAACACACUGACUGAUGCAACAUCAUCCUGCACAUGCUAAACUUAUAUGUAAAUAUGUUACAAUUUAAUAGUAAAUACUCAUUGUUCUUGAGGGGGGAAUCUUCCCCAUGUUACAUAUGACUUUUUUUUUCUACCAUGCACGGUACAUUCACUCGUCUUGUUCACCUGUUUAACCACAAGAUGUCAGCACUUUAUAAGUAUUUCUAAAGUCCAAUAUUUCACAGCCUGACAGUGAAGGUGGGUUCACACAAACCUUUUUGAAAUCAUGGACGAUAAAUUACGAAUGCUACUACGCUGAAGGUUGGCUGAUGAAUAUUAAUAUCAUGCAGACUUUGCUUGGAAUCCUUAGGUAAUGUUUGUCUCAUGAAUAUUACUUAGGUCGCGCUAAUAUUUGCUUGAUAUAACCUUCCAGCGGUGAUGGCUUGUCUGCUGAAUAUUAACAGGCAAGCAUUCUCCAUAGUAAAUUCAAGUUAAAGGGACCGUCUGCGCCAGCGGAGACAGGUGUGAUAUUUAUCAUCAUGCUGGAAAUCCAGCGUACUAACAGGCGGCGUACGCGAUUUGAACCUUCUUCUUGGCUAUUAAACAAACACUAAGAUCAUAUUUACUCUAAAUGAUGCCGAAUCCCUCUCUGCCUUUGGACAUUGUCAGGACUGCCGUCAUAUUUCUAUGAGAAAACCCUCAGAAAUCAGUGCGGCCAAGAGGCUUCAGCAUGUUUUGAGUAAAUAAAGGCAUCGAACGAUAUUUCCAUUGCAUAACACAAUGCUGGAGAAGAGUAAAUAUAAUUUAGUAGACGACUCAAUGGAUCAGAGGAUUCCUGCUGAUAAUGAAGGGCAUUUCCAGCAUGGGCUCACAUUCGAGGUGAAGUUCAUAGGGAGCCUGGAUAUUGUGCGACCUAAAAGCAGGAUUGAAAUAUUGGCCGCUAUGAGACGAAUACGGUAUGAGUUUAAAAUUAAGAACAUCAAGAAGAAGAAAGUCAGUCUUAUUGUGUCAGUGGAUGGUGUCAAGGUAGUUUUGCGGAAAAAGAAAAAGAAAUAUGAAUAUAGCUGGGAUGAAAGCCAAAUGACACUGGCCCAAGACCCCAUUUUCAGAAUAUUUUAUGUCUCACAUGACUCACAGGACCUGAAGAUAUUCAGUUAUAUAGCAAGAGACAAGAAAAGCAAUGUGUUCCGCUGCAAUGUCUUCAAAUCCAAAAGAAAGAGCCAAGCCAUGAGGAUAGUGCGGACCGUGGGUCAGGCGUUUGAGGUGUGUCAUAAACAGAGUCUAGACAAUGCUGACGCAUGGCUUGUAAAAGGAGAGGAGGAGAGAAGCAGAGAUGAAACUCUGGUUUCUGGCAGCACCACUGAGGAAUCAGACAAUGCUGGCCUGGAGAAAGAUGACAAGGUGUGUGAAGCACCAGUGCUGGUGGAGUCAUCCAGGCUGGCAUCUCCUCUCUCCAGCCCUCUAACUGUGAGCCAUCAGGUGCAGCUCCUGCAGAGGCAACUACAGCAGCAGGAGCAGAGGAGUCAAGCCGCCUCAGCACAGGUGGUUCUGCUGCAGCAGCAGCUGUCGGUGGAGACCAGCGCCAGGACGGAGGCUCAGGCGAGAGUCCAGCAGCUCCUGCAACAGAACACUGAACUCCUGCAGCAUCUCUCGCUUCUGGUCAAACAUGUGCAAGAGCUGGAGCUUCGCACUCAACCACACAAGAACACAAGAGACUCUCCCUUGGGAUCUCAAGACAGCCUUCUGGAAAUCGCCCUGCGUGCCAACAUGCCAGCUGUAUCACGUGACCCCAUCCCAAAUCCCCCCUCAAGUGCUCGAGGGGGCUUCCCUCUCUCAAACAGCCUGGUUCGACUGGAUAGCUUUCAUUUCUUCACAGAAUCUCCAGACCAGGAGAAGAAGCCAGAGCAGGACCGUGACUCAGGUCAGGGUCAGGAUGAAGAUCAGUCGGUUGGUUCCUCUCCUCCAGGGAACCAGUUCCUCAGUGCACUGAACACACCUGGAUUCAGAGAGUCGGGUAUCGCAUCCGGUUAUGAGUCUAACACGGAUGAGAGUGAUGACCGGGACAGCUGGGGCCAGUAACUCUGUGCAUCUGUGUGUUAGAGAGACUGUUCCUGCUUAAAAAAAAAAAAAAAUACAGCUCACACCAGCAGGGGUAGCAGCUAAGCACUUUAGCUUUGUGGAGAGAGUUUUGCAUUACAGCUGCAGCUGUCAGAAUGAUCACCUGUCAGCAGUGUUGGGGAAAGUUACUUUUAAAAGUAAUGCAUUACAAUAUUACGUUACUCCCUAAAAAAGUAACUAAUUGCAUGACCUUUUAUGAAAAGUAAUGUGUUACAUUACUUUUGCAUUACUUU